AUGGUAGUGGCAGUGCCCCUUCUGAACGUUGAGUGUGUGGGAGAGUGGGCCGUGGUGCUCUCUCCUCCUGUGGGAGACUGGGCCGUGGUGCUCUCUCCUCCUGUGGGAGACUGGGCCGUGGUGCUCUGUCCUCCUGUGGUAGACUGGGCCGUGGUGCUCUCUCCUCCUGUGGAAGAGUGGGCCGGGGUGCUCUCUCCUCCUGUGGGAGACUGGGCCGUGGUGCUCUCUCCUCCUGUGGGAGACUGGGCCGUGGUGCUCUCUCCUCCUGUGGGAGACUGGGCCCUGGUGCUCUCUCCUCCUGUCGUAGACUGGGCCGUGGUGCUCUCUCCUCCUGUGGGAGAGUGGGCCGUGGUGCUCUCUCCUCCUGUGGGAGAGUGGGACGUGGUGCUCUCUCCUCCUGUGGGAGAGUGGGCCGUGGUGCUCUCUCCUCCUGUAGGAGAGUGGGACGUGGUGCUCUCUCCUCCUGUGGGAGAGUGGGCCGUGGUGCUCUCUCCUCCUGUGGGAGAGUGGGCCGUGGUGCUCUCUCCUCCUGUGGGAGACUGGGCCGUGGUGCUCUCUCCUCCUGUGGGAGACUGGGCCGUGGUGCUCUCUCCUCCUGUGGGAGACUGGGCCGUGGUGCUCUCUCCUCCUGUGGGAGACUGGGCCGUGGUGCUCUCUCCUCCUGUGGGAGAGUGGGCCGUGGUGCUCUCUCCUCCUGGGGGAGACUGGGCCGUGGUGCUCUCUCCUCCUGUGGGAGAGAGCGCAUGGACCUCACAUUUCUGCGAUCAGUAUUAA